AUGGGAAAGAUCAUGGAUGGCUCCUUCCCGAUGAACCAGCGCAGCUUCCCACCAUCCUUCUGGAACAGCACAUACCAGCCUUCCUCGGUCCCAGCCACCCUGAGCAGCCCCCUGGCAGCUGCCGCCCACAGUGAGCUGCCCUUUGCCGCUGCCGCUGCUGACCCCUACGCACCGGCCUCUCUGCAUGGCCAUCUGCACCAGGGUGGCCCUGAGCCCUGGCACCAUGCCCACCACCACCACCACCACCACCACCACCCCUACAUCGGCACACAGAGCACUGCCUACGCCCGCCCCGCCACCAUGCACGAGGUCUACGGGCCCCACUUCGACCCCCGCUACGGCUCCCUGCUGGUGCCCACCGCCUCCGUCCGCCCCCACCGCCUCACCCCUGCCUCCGUGCCCACACCGGUCAGCCCCCCCUGCGAACUGGGCAAGAGUGAGACGGGCACUGCCGCAGCCUGGACGGCGCCGGGACCCUUCCCCAAUGCGGCGGGGGACAUGGCACAGAGCCUCGGCCUCAAUGUGGAUGCAGGUUUGCAGCCUCAGGAUAAAAGCAAGGAUCUAUACUGGUUUUAGAGCUGUCCUUCACUCUUCUUCCCCUGGCUCUCCCCUGUAGAUCUCUGCCUGUUAGACAAG